AGAUCAGAUGAGCUCGUGCACAGGGUCCUCGGCCGCAGAAGAUACGGCGAACGCAUUCAAAAUCCAUCUCCUUCCAAAAGCGUCGAGUCGAGCCGAUCCACCUUCCCGAACAACGCCGCCCGCCGCCCUUCGAAUCCGAAGGAAGCCGCAACAACGACCCCAUCCGAAUCUCUCGCAACGAUCACCACCGCCAACUUAUCUUCCUCGUUCGGGUCGCCCCCACCCUCGCCCGCCGUCCAGCAGCGAAACCUUCACCCUUCCUCGUCCCGCCACCCCCCGCACGCCAUGGUGCAGAGGAAGCCCGCGCGCAAGCGCAAGGAGCCCAAAUGCCCCGACGCCGUGCCGGCCUGGGGCGGCGGCCGUGGCCCGGGAAGCAGGGCUGGCGAUGGCGGCAUAGCCCCGGCGCAACUCCCCAACUACAUGAGGGCGACGAGCUGCUCCGGCGCCAAGGCCGGCGCCGCACAAGCCCACUCCGCGCCGCAGCCGGGGAGGGCGAGCGUGGCGCGGGCGGCUGCCGCGGCGCCGCGGGCGGGCAGGGCCACGUGCUCCUCCGCCAUGAAGGGGCCCGGGGCGCGCGCGUGCCCGUACGCGUUCUGCUCCGUCAAGGGCCACGCCCACGCGCCGCCCCUGCGCAGCUUCGUGGCGGCGCGGAGGCGGGGGCAGCAGAGCAUGAAGCUCAAGGGCGCCUCGCCGUUCCGCAAGCCCACGGUGGGUUGGGACGCGAGCCGCGGCGACGUCUCCGCGGAGGGCCUGGGCGCGGCUUCCGUGGGCGGUUCGUGCGCGUCCAGCGGCGUGGUCUCGGUUGAGCGGUCGACGACGACCAGGCAUCGCGGGCGUGAAGAGAAGAAGGCCUUGGUGGUGGAGGUGGCGGAUCAUGAAUGCGACGACGACUUGGGCGCCGGCGAGUCUGACAUCUCCGAGGAGCUGGGUGCGAACCAUGGAGGAAACAGUACUGAAGGUGGCAUAUCGUCGGUCGACAGCAUUUCCAGCUCGCUCAGUGGGAUAAGCUACCAAGACGUUAGCUCUGCCUGUGCCUACGGAGCAUCCUCUCAUCAUCACCAUCAGAGGAGGAGGACAUCCGAAGAAAAGGGUGCCCAGCAACUGCGUCCUUCCAAACCCGGUCCAAAGGCGGAGAAGGUCGGUCUCAGACAUGAGGCGGUGGACGGUCGGAGGGCCGCUGAGGAGUGGAUGGUCGACUACGCUCUCCGGAAGGAAGUCAAGAGGCUGGCUCGUGCUCAGAAGAGGAAAGUUGAGAUGCUUGUCCAGGCCUUCGAAUCUGUUCUGCCCACGGUAGCAAUAGCAAGCGAGAAGAAGCCCGGGCAACACGAUGGCCUUCGAAAGCAUGCAUGUAGCUGACAGAUAGAUAGAUAGAAUCAUAGAUAGCCGACACUCAUCUUGAGUCAGGUAGUAGUAGGACGUGACAAUUUGAGUCAGGUAGAUGAAACGUUUCAAUUCAGUCAAACACUAGUCACAACGGAUACAAGGUUUGAUGCUCCACCAACCACUGAUCCGUUGUGAACUUGUAGUAGAAGCAGGCCACCGCUGGCAAUGUGGCAUGCCAUGCCAUCAACCUAACAUGGACCAUUCUGAAUGUCGGCUCAAAACGUG